AUGAAGCUAAUGAUCGCACUGAUCAUGAUUGGACUUACGCUUCUUCAACACAGCAAUGGAGCCGUUACAUACGCUCCUCCGCCGGACACAGAGAAGCCAUAUCCGACCGCUCCACCAUGUGCAACUCCUGCACCAUCGACACCAAUUUAUUGUCCUUUGUGCUCUUGCAACCCUCCAAAAGACUGUAUUCCACGUAAGACAAAUAUUAUUUUCAGGUGCCUCAUUAAGUGCCCACCUCCACCUGCUGACACUCAGUAG